AUGCAUCAGAACCAGUUACUCUGCACUCUUUGUGGCAAAUCAUUCAAAUCCAAAGUGACACUGAGCAAGCAUGCACGAUCUGUUCACAAGGUGGAAGUGAGGUAUGUCUGUGAUGUUUGUGACAAAGAGUUCAUUGAUAAGAUGAAGCAUCGGGUCCAUGUUAGAACUCACACGGGAGAAAAACCUUAUGCUUGUGAAAUCUGCAACAAAAGGUUCAACACGAGAUCACAGCAUGCCGUCCACCUGAGAACUCACACGGGUGAAAAACCACACUCCUGCGUCAUCUGCGACAAACGUUUCAACACGCGCUCUCAAGUUAACAGGCACAUGACUGUUCACAAAUCGGUUGACGGGUCGAGAGUCUGUCCUGUUUGUGGGAAGGCCUUCAGGGCGGCGAACAGUUUGAGGAUGCACAUGGUGAGGCACAGUACUGUUAAACCACACAAGUGUCCGGUCUGUGAUAAGUCCUUCAUCACCAAGUACAAGAGCACCCUGAAAGAGCACAUGAAACUGCACACUGGUUUUGAUAAGAAGUUUGCCUGCGACCAGUGCAGCUCCAGGUUUCGGCACAUUUCUAAGUUGAAGCAACACAUGUCGGUGCACUCCUCGGAGCACCCCCACAUCUGCCCGACCUGCCAGAGGGGGUACAAGAGCCUGCUCAGCCUCCAACACCACAUGGAAACCCACAGCGAUAAGUGUCUAUCCUGCCACAUUUGUGGGGCGCUGUUCAGUAGGGAGAAGUACCUCACCAGGCAUCUGAUGGUGCACGAGGGCAAGAAGAAUUUGUGUCAAAUUUGCGGAAAAGCCUACCUAUAUAUAUCUGAACUCAAAAGACAUCUUCUAGUCAGCCACUCUGGCCACCAAAACAUUCAGGAGGCCUGUGAAGACGUUGCAGCUGCUUCUCACAGUCUGGUUAACAGUGGUCGUGGGAGAGAUCAUUCUGCAGCUACCACCGCCACCACAAUAACAACUACUACUACUACAUCUUAUACUACCGAUACUAUUAUAACUUCUAUUAGUAGUAGUAAUACGGCUAAUACUACUCCUGCUGCUACUACAACUUGUAGUAAGAACGAUUCUGCAGUGAAAUUCGGCAACAUAGGUGGCCCUGGCGAGCCAGUGCGACUUUUCAAACAGUACCGUUGUGAGAUAUGCAAUAAGCAACUGCAGAACAAGCCCGCCCUAACCUGCCACAUGAGCACACACUCCGAUAGCAAGGAUUACUGCUGUGACCUCUGUGGAGCCUGCUUCAAGUCAAAGAGCAACUUGUACAUCCAUUCGAAGAGGAUUCACGAAUCAUUCAAACCGUACGCCUGCGAGCACUGCGGCCAGGCGUUCCUCUACCCUCACCUCCUCAGAUCUCACUACCGAGUCAGAGAGAAGAAUGGCAGAUGUCACAGGGAGCGAGCCAGACACGGCGAGUAUGUCUGCAACGUCUGUGGUGUGGUCUUCUCGACGGCCGCGAGUCUCUGGGGCCACUCUAGCAGGCACGUCAGCAGAGAAGAGGAGAAGAAAUUUAGGUGCAACGAUUGCGGGAAGGAGUUUGCCAAGCAGAGGUCGCUGCGAAGGCAUUGCAGGAUUUUCGGUCACGGCCGAUCGGAUGCGACAGUGACGUCUGCUGUGGCUUGUGUCGAUGGAAGCUCUGGUGGUGGUCGUGCAGGCGGUAAGAAAAUUGAACUGCCAGGAGGUGUUUGUAAGGGUGCAGGUUUGGCCGCUGGAUUCGAUGGAAGUAAAAAGAGUAACAGCGGUGCUGGUGAUGACGAUGGAAGACAAAAUUACGAUGACGAAAUGAUGGUGAAGAAGAAAAUGGCGGUGAAAACUUCUUCGAAAACAAUUGAUGGUGGUGGUGGUAGGGGAAGCGAUGUGGCAGGCGAUGUUAUUAUGAAGGGUGAUCUGCAUGAUAGGGAUGGUGAUGAGUACAAUGAUGAUGUUCCUCGGGGUGGUGGUGGUAGUGGUGUUAAAGGAAAAACCGACGGUUACAACAUCGAUGAUAAAGAGGACGAUGAUGACGACGAUGAUGAAGUUGAUGUGGCUAUGUUUUGCGAUAACGACAACAGCGAAGAUGAUAAAAAUUAUGAUGAGGAUGAUGAGGAGGAUGGUGAUAAUGAAGUGGAAAGGAUGGUGCUACGUAUGGAAAGAUGACGUUUGACUGAUAAUGAUUCUGACCGAAAUCUAAAUUUUAUUUUUACUGUUAUUGUUGCUAUUUGUCCGUAUUUUUGAUAGCGUUGUUGAAGCGUGCAUCACCAUAUGUAUAUAUACAUUGGUCUCUUUCUCUCCACGAACUCACGUCGACGUCAUCAUUACGUCAUCAUCGCUUCAUUCCACUCCUCACCUCUUCAACACUUUCAUAUCGCUUUCAAUUUUCAUUUACCCUUCUUAAUUGUUAUCUGAAAUUAUUUUCAUUAAAUAAAUUUUUAAACAUUCAAG